AAGUGAAAUCCAUUGUAAAGAAAAAAUUUGAAUAAAACCUAUUUAUUUGCCAAAAAAACGCAUGCAAAUUAGUUUAAAACUAGCACUAAGUGUAUUAGAAACGAACGAUUUUAAAGUUUUGUGAAAAAUAGCAUAAAAUUAAGAAUGGUAAUGAAUACAAGUAAAUCGAUUGAAAGGUUUCAACUUCAGCAUAUAUCGUCGUCGGAUGAUUCAAGCAGUUCUUGGCAAUUGGUGACCAAUUCAAUGACUUCAAAUCAAAGUAUACAAGUUGUGACAAAUGGAACUUCAUUAAAUGGAAAAAAAUUGCCAAACAAAGAAACGAGUGAAGUUGUACUGAAAGAGCUUCGUCGUCGAUACAAUGGACGUAAUUCAAUGCAUCAAUCGGAAUUUGAGACAGCACAACAAUCGAUGGAAUUGAUGCGACAAAAUAUUCAGCAUUUGUUUAAUGCUGAAAUUGAAGUCAUUGUACAGAGAUACAUCGGGACAUACUUUGAACCAGCUUUGAAGAACGUAAAAGAGAAUCUUGAAAAUGCCGGAAUUACAGACCAAUACUUGAAAAAGAUGAGCUGUGAUUUACUUGAACAUGCAAAGCAAGGUUAUAAAACUUCAAAUGGAAUAACCACUCUUGAGCCACCAAAUUCAAUGCUUGAAAUGACUGCUGUGCCAAAGACAUUGGAAACUAACACUCUUGAACAAGUGUUUUUGUCUUACACAAACGCGCCAAUUAAACGAAAAGAUACCAACGUAACAUUACAACGAAGUUUAAGCACAGACCACAGUCCACUACAUAAACGAUCGCCAAUAACAUUUCAAAAUAAAUGCAUUAGCCGACCGGGUCAAAUCAUUUUAAGUGUAACUUUAACGACAGACACAUUGUUUACAUUUGACUUUAAAGCACACGCAGCAUUUGAUUAUGCGCCAAAUGAACGUUUAAUAAACAAAUAUCCCGAAUUGAUUCAUUACAUCAUCGAUCACCAAGACAAAGAUUGGUUCAUUCAACAAAGAAUUCUUUCGCCAAUCAAUCGUAACGCACACAUUUUACUACUUACCAUUGAAGAGGUGAAUCGAAUUGCACAUUCGGAUAUUUUAAAAAAUCAACCGUAUCCAAAACCAAUCGAAUUAUUUGCAUUUAAAAUACCCACAUUUAUACUACAAAAAAUGAGAAAAUUUAUCAACGAACAAGGUGAAAAGAGUAAAACUCUCAUUGCAAACACAAUUCAUCCGAAAGUUUCAUUAUCAGCACUGCUAUCGGCGGCAUCGAAACCAACGGCCAUCAAAACCAUUCAAUCCGUCAAACCGAUUUUGAAACCACAAUUACAAAAUCAGUCACUAUCGUCAGUGAUUUCGUCCAUACAACGUGCAAAUUCACAGCCAACAACCGUUUUGCUAGUUGACACAAGCGGAAAUGGAUCAAAAACAGCAACAAUUACCAGCGCAUACAUCACAUCAGAUGAAGGUGGUGUCAGUUCACCUGUCAUUGCACGAAGCUCAUUAAGUUCGUCACAUGCCACAUUAUCUGCAUUGUUAUCGAAUUCACCCACCGAAAAAACGCUAAAUUCAAUUGUAUUAAAUGAAAUCACCGACUAAUUCUAAUUAAUUGCGCCGCGAUCUUUUUUUUCUAUUCUGACGAAAUAAACAGAAGACGAAAAAAAAAGAAAAAACAAAAAUACAUCUCAGGUCAAGAAAAUUACCCGACGAUUGCGUUAUCAUAUAUUAAUUUUUCGUACA